GCUCCUGAGGAUCUGGGCCUUGGAGUUUCGGUCUCCGGUGGCCUUUGCCCCCAUGACCAACGGUCUGUGCUGCAUGUACUUCCCACACGGAGGAUUCAUUGCCACAGGGACCAGGGAUGGCCACGUCCAGUUCUGGACAGCCCCGAGGGUCCUCUCGUCACUCAAGCACUUGUGCCGCAAAGCCCUGCGCACUUUCCUCACCACCUACCAGGUGCUGGCGCUGCCCAUUCCCAGGAAGCUGAAGGAAUUCCUCACUUACCGGACUUUUUAAGGCAGCAGGGAGAGCAGAGGCACGGAGGUGAGCCCCGGGGCUCGGCCUGGGCCGGCGGCGCCGCAGGAACGCCGAGCCGUGAGCCAGGAGCGUUGCUGCUCCCCUGGUUUUGGGGCUGUGGAGGGCUUUUUUCGGUGUCAUAAUACAAAAACCCAGCAAAAUCCCACGCAGAGGGUGAGCGGCGGAGCUGCGGUGGCCCCGCGGGGGACACGGGUGGGACACAGGUCCCCCUGUCCCCUGCUGCCUGCUGGGGCUGGGUCAGGUGCUUCUGCUUCCGAGUGCAAUGGUGUGGGAUGACGGUGGGACAGCUGCUGUGGGAGCAGAGCUGUUGUCACCUGCACAAAUACGGGGCUAAACCCCGCAAAACACCCACCUGGGAACGUCCCUCCGUCCCGGUGGAGCGUGGGCUCUGCCGCUCUCCCAGCGAGGGCAGGAGCGGGAUGAGCCCGAGCAGGUCUCAAUAAAUAAAAAUUGAUUCCUCAUGA